CCCCGGCACACUGCAGCGCGCAGUUCAAUGGUACGCUCGCUUGGCUCAAGGCUGUGGUAUGAUACAUUAUUAUUAAACGGACAACGUCAAUAUACUAUCACAACUUAUAAUAAACAACAGUAUACUAUUAUCCUGCGUGACGCGAUAAAUAAAAGGUUGAUUUGAACGGACCACGGACGCGACAGAAAUGAUCGAACUAAACGUUUAUAGUGUGGUGUUGAUGCCUUUGGUGGGUUUGAUAUCGUACGCGGUAUGGUUGCGGCUCCGUAUGCCGCUGGAAUACCGAAAUAUUUCGUCUCGUGUACCGUCCGUUACGAAAACCUUUUGGAGUGAGAUGCUGUUUUCGUGGAAGAUGGCAAUGCUUAAACCCAAAGAAAUAUUGCCAUUUAUUACGGAGUUGGCAAGAAAUAACGGCCCAGUAGUUCAUUUUAACCUUUCAGGUCGAUCAUACGUUUUGUUAAACAACCCAGACGAUAUAAAAAUUCUACUGUCAAGUACACAACAUAUAAAAAAAGGACCGGAAUAUGGCUUCUUGAAACCUUGGCUGAACGAAGGUCUUUUAUUGAGCUCAGGCCAGAAAUGGCGUAACCGACGCAAGCUCCUUACCAACACGUUUCACUUCAAGACAUUAGACAUGUACAAUCGUUCAAUAAACAAACACUCUCGUAUUUUGGCGGGUAAGCUAUUGGAUGCUUCUGCGAACAACGAGGAGGAAAUCUCCAUCGCUGAAUACGUGACUUUGUGUUCUCUGGACAUUAUUUGUGACACAAUAAUGGGUACUAAGAUGAAUGCUCAAGAAGGUAAAUCAGUUCAAUAUGUUCAUUCGAUCAAAAGUGCUUGCAAAUCAGUGAUUGAACGUGUUUUCAAAUUCUGGCUGUGGAACGAUCUGGUUUAUAAAAUGAGCGAAAGUGGUCAAAGUUUUUUUAAAUCACUCAAAGUGCUACAUGAGUAUACUGAUAACGUGAUUAAAAAUAAACGAUCGUCGUUGAAUAACUCAGAAAUUGGAAAAGUUCAAUCAGACAAAAAAUCAAAAAACAAAUCGUUCUUAGACUUACUUCUCGAGGUCUUGGAAGAUAAACCGGAUCAGAUGAACGAUAGAGACAUUCGUGAGGAAGUUGAUACAUUUCUUUUUGAAGGCCACGACACAUCAUCAAUUUCGAUGAUAAUGACUUUGGUUUUGCUGGGGAUGAAUCAGGAUAUUCAAAAUCGAGCUAGGGACGAGUUGUAUAGCAUUUUUGGAGACUCCGACAGAGAUGUUACUAUGGAAGACUUAAAUGCCAUGCAAUACUUAGAAGCCAUCAUAAAAGAAUCUCUUCGACUUUAUCCAAGUGUUCCAGGCUUUACGAGAGAACUAGAAACACCACUAUUGAUUAACAAUUAUACUAUUCCUCCGAAGACAACAAUAUUAUUAUAUCCCUAUAUUCUGCAUCGUAGUGAAAACAUAUAUCCAAAUGCUGAAGAAUUUAUACCAGAAAGGUUUUUAGACGAGAAAAAUAAAGAAAAAUUAAAUUUUGGAUAUAUACCAUUCAGCGCUGGCGCCAGAAAUUGUAUUGGACAAAAGUAUGCAAUGAAUCAAAUGAAAACUGUUAUAUCAACCAUACUACGGAAUGUAAAAUUUGAAACAUUAGGACGAAAAGAAGACAUCCAAAUUAGUUCGCAAAUAGUCUUGAGAAUAGAAUCACUUCCUAAGAUGAUUUUUUUUAAACUUAAAUGAAAUGAAAAAAACCAUUUCAUAUGGAUAAUUCAAAAUAUAUUAGUUAUUUAAAAUAA